UUGCCGUCACAUGACCGGAAGCACUGAGUGAGGCGGUCGAGAGUGAGUACUUUUGAAAUGACAACAACCCGACUUGGCUUCUUGCCUGUUUUAUUGUAUGUGUGAUUGAUGUAUUUAUAGUUAGCAAACAUGAGAAUCAUCUCCGCGACGGGCUCGUGAAUGAAGAGCGAUGAGGCGGCGAGCUAAAGAGCUCAUUCAUCAAACCUGGGCCGAUCCCUACAGCUGAGGAUAUGCAUGCAUGUUCUUUUUAAAGCGAAACCAAACACACCGUCAUGGAUGACUCGGACCAGGAUUUUGUUGAUCUCUGCUCCAAGCUGCUGAAACGAGUCCGCAAGAAACCAGGUGAGCCCAGUCAGCCGAGGAGAGCCGAGCCGCAGCAGCAGCAGCCUUCCAGUCAGUCAAGCGAUGGAGACAAGAGGAAGAGAAAUAAAAAAAGAGAUGAUGACUAUGGGCCAAAAGGUGUUGGGGCCCAGCCUGUGGGUACAGGUGCGGGAGCAGAGCAGCAUGGGGUGCGUGGAGGGACCGGGUCUGAUUCAGGAGAUGCUGGCUCGUCAGGUGUGCCGAGAGCUGAGAGGGCCAAAGACAAAGUGCUUCAAAGAAUGCAGCAGUUCAAGAGAGCCAGUCCACAGAGGAUGGUGCACAAGGACAAGAGCCAGACAACAAGCCAUGAGAUCCCCUCCACUUCUCCUCCUCCACCGCUGGAGCAAAGACAAGAUACUCCACAGUCCCUCAGCUCAGGCCUUCACCUGGAGCCCCAGGACAGUGACGAGGCUAUGGCCUUGCGGCUGCAGCAGGAGCUGAACAGGGAGACGACAGGCGUCCAGACGGUGGACCUGGAGGACGGAGGCCUCUUCUUUUGUCAGAUCUGCCAGAGAGACCUGUCACAUAUGACCCCUGAGGGGCGAACGCAGCAUCUCAACAGGUGUCUGGAUGAGAGUGAAGGGAGCGCUCCUCCUCUUCUUCCUCCUCCUUCUUCUUCUGGUGUCCCUGACUGUCCCAUCUGUGGCAAGAAAUUCAAGUCCCAGAAGAGUCGCUCGACCCACCUGAAACGAUGCUCCUCGGACAUGGGCGUCCCUCCGGCUGUGCUGCUGCAGGCUCUGCAGAGACAGGCUGAGGACACCCAGAAUGUCCCCUCAGCUAACACACUCACAGAGACUGGAGGCACCAAAAGAAAAGGCCCACCCGGGCCUGGCCUCCUAGCAAGAAAGAAACCCAGAAAGAAGACAGAACCCCUGGACGAAGACACCAUGGUUGCCCUGGCUCUGUCCUCCUCCCUGCUGGAACGGGAGAGGGAGUCAGAGAGAGCGUUACAGACCGAGACCGCAGCCUCUCACAUCUCCAUGGCUCCAGUGUUGAAGUGGAGGCCAGACAGAGGUCAGGGGCGCGGGAGGAGGAAAAAGGGCGCCGUCCCUCGCCCUCCGCCGCUCCUCCUUGUCCAGGAUGCCGCGGCGGCUCUGGUGAGGCUGCAGGAGCGCGUUUCUGCUCUCCUCCUGCGCAGCCGGGCGCCCUCUCCCCCCAGCCCGACCCUCAGCCCCAGCACUCUUCCAGGCCGGUGCGGUGCUGCCCCCCUCUGGCAGAAGAGCACUCUGCUGGACGGAGGCUCCACCUGUGUGUCUGAUUUCUACACGCCGGAGCUCAGAGGGUUCAUCACGCCGUGGGACCCUGCAGCGACUGAAUCAGCCUCCUCCAGCACCUUCAGCAAGUCUGCAGUCCAACCUGUGAGUGAAGGAACUCCUGUCACAGAAACCAGGGCCUCCAUCCUGCCAUCCUCCUCCCAGACCGCUGCCUCCUCCCCGGCUCCCUCCACCCCAGGGACAGGGCAGCUCUCAGUCGGGAGCCAGACACUCCGAGACCUGAUGGAGCUGGCCGAAGAUGGCAUGACCCUCACGCAGCGUGGUUACACUGCUUCAAACCCUGACGGAGAGAAAAGCACCACUAUGACCACAAACCUUCACCUGAGCGGCUUCAUCCCGGAGGCAUCCGAAGAGCGGGCUGACCUCUGCGCGAGCGGCUUCCUACCAGAAAUGACCCGCACACGCUUGGAUGAGACCCACCGCCGAACGAGGGGGGCGACCGAUCAACCGCAACCAGAUAAAGACCGAGGCGGCCACCGAUCAGUGGCGCUGUCCAGGCUGGCAUCAGACCUGAGCAGCAUGGUGAACAACCCUCAGUUCAGUGAUGUGCAGCUCCAGGUGGACAGUGGGGAGGUCUACUUUGCUCAUUCCUUCAUGGUGUACGCUCGCUGCCCCCUGCUGGCAGAAAUGGUACAUGAAAGUGGUAUUGGGGUGCAGGAGGAGGGAAUGCCAGCAGCUCAGAGGGUGUUGAUAAGCGACGUCCCAGAACAGGCAGUGUUUUCUUUGCUGCAGUAUCUCUACACAGCCAAGUGCUCCAUCCCGGCGUCACUGCGGCCUCAUGUACUGGAGCUUGCAUCUAGGUUUGACCUGCAGGAGCUGCAGCAGCUUUGCAAGGUCUGCCAAGAGGAUGCAGCGACUCAGGGAGAGGAGGAUGACUACAUGAACCAGGAGGAGAACGUCAGCAACCACACAGACCAGGCCUUCGUGGAGCUGCUCCGCUCCAUGUGGAAUGAAGAGGAUGAAGACAACAGGGGUACGGACACAGACGAAGGAAGCGGUGAAGAAAGAGGAUCGGAAGAAGAUCGCCAAGCCGAUGACCUCGCGGCAGGUGACAGAGAGAUUGGCGAGGAGAAGGUGAACGAGGAAGAGCUGGAGGAGAUAUACGAGUUUGCCGCCACACAGAGAAAGAAGGAGGAGGAAGAAGACAGCAUGAAAGAGGAAGAGGAGGAGGUGAAGGUAGAUGAGGAGGAAGAUGGGGAAGAGGUGUUCGCACAACUGGCGGAAUCUGAACCGAUCUCAGCAGAGCCGAAUCCUCUCCCUCAGCCGGACCGGAGCUUGGACCGCAGCUACAACCGCCUCUUCUCAGACUCCUGGGGGGUCUACGAGGAAGGAGACCCCCCCUCCCGACCCUCCACCUCUGGCCAGCCAAGGACACGCGCCCUUCAGACACCCCUGUCCUCACAUAAACUCUCAUCUGAACUGUCAGGCAGAACUUUGCUUCAGUCUUCAGCAAGCGUAGUCAAUGACCUUUCCCCCAGCCCUCCGCCCAGUGCAUCCAACCUGCCGAUCCCAGGUCAGUCCCCUGGUCAAGAAGGAGACCGGGGGACAGAUGCUGCUGACCAGGUCGUGUCUAAAGAAGGAAACACUUUGAGGCGUGAAAGCAGAAGUCCUCAUACUCUUUCUCUGUCCACUGAUUCGCCUGAGAAAAAGAGGGAACCUGAACUCAUAGUUUUGUCAGACUCGAGCGAGGACAUGGAGGUCGUUCUCAGUUCCCGCAGCCCCUCACCACAUUCUCCUUGCGCCAACCAGAACCCACGGAGCUACACCCAGAUCAAAUCUCCGCCAGUGAAACCCAACAAACCCAGCCAGGAGAAUGAAAAGUCCAGCAGUUUGGAGUCGAGUCCUGAACGUGCAGGCCCAGCGGACUGUUCUGCAGAAGUGUCCUGGCUGAUCCCAUCCACGCCGCUCCAGCAUAGACACAGCAGCACCACCACCACCAGCUCCACUCAGACCAGAAGCAGCAUGUGCAGGACGCAACUGUUCCCUAAAGUUGACACUUCCUCACCCUCUGCUUUCUCUUCUCCUGCCUGCGGCGGCCCAACAGAGGGCAGUGUUCCCUGGAUAAAACAGGAAGAGAUGCUUCCCUGCAGCUCCAGCUUUAAUCUCAACCUUUCUCCCAAAAGAUCAAGCAGUUCUGACGUGAGUAAAGUUAAAGAGGUGUUUGCAGUUCCCUCGAGCCAAUCUAAGCGCCUGAGCUUGACUUCCUCGAAGCAGUACACACCCCUCCACCCCCAGCUCCAACCGUACAGCAGCACUCCCCUGCACACUGAGCUCCACCAGCCUCCUGUUCCUCUCACAACCUCUCCGCUCGCUCGGCAGAGGCCGCCAAGCCGAGGACGGGAUAGUUUGGCAUCUGAUGGCCCGGAGAAAACCGAGUUGGGGAGCUUUCAUCUCUCCCCUCUGUCCGACCCUUCAGAUCCACCCUCUUCCUCCUCGAACAGACGUCUUCAGAGUUCAGAGAGACACAGCGACUCUUCUCCACAAAGUCGACGAUCUAAUGAGUUGAGGAGUAGAGACGAGCUAUCGAGGGGAACAAGAGAUGAUGAAGGAGAAAGGGAGUUGCAGUUUGAAAAUAAAGAGACGUGCGAGGAAGGAGAGCUGGAAGAAGCAGGAGUGGCCGACAUUGCUGAAUCCAGUUUCCAGCAGAGCUUCAUGGCCAUGGACGAGCCCCCCAUCGCUUUCAACGACUCGUGGGGCCUGGACGUCUGCGCCGAGGCCAACCCGGGCUGCUUCAGUCUGAGGCUGGAGGACAGCGUGGGAUCCAGCCAGCACGAGAACAGCUCGGGACGACGAGAACCAGCCAGGUCGUCUUCCUCCACUGAUCAAAGUGUCCGGUCCUCGAAGAGUCAUAGCAGCGCGACCGUCCCCUCUCCAUCCAAAGCCCACAGUACACAUCCAUCCACAAGUGUACAGGCUCAUCCAGGCCCUCCAUUCACCCCCUCACCUCCUGAUCCCACCAUCCAGACCUCACCAGGGAUCAACAACAGCCUCCUAGACCCCAAAAUAUGGGACAGCUGGGAGGAGGAAGAGGAGGGGGAGGCUCUUCCUCUCUCUCAGAGGGUUAACACUUGUGCCCAGCUCAAAACGCCUGCUUCAUCACGCAAUAAAAGGCGUCGUACGUUGGUCCCCAUCACUCCCAUGCCUCACUACUCUGACCUGGACACACCGGAGCUCAAGAACAAACUCAACAGGUUUGGUGUUCGGCCUUUACCGAAGCGCCAGAUGAUCCUCAAGCUGAAGGAGAUCCACCAGUACACCCACCAGCUGGUCAGCUCUGACGAGGAGGAGGAGGAGGAGGAGGAGGUGGUAUCCUCUGUGGGCCGCACAGCUCAGGUGAAGCCUCCACCCAGCAGUUCAGUGUCCGCCGGCAACAGGCCGCUCUCCUGCACUCAGACAGUGAGGUUUAAAGAACCCAGAGCGCCUGCUGAUGCCUCCCCUCUGAGACACAACAUGGAGGAGGAGGAGAAUGAGCUGCUGUCUGCCUCACAGGGCUCCAACACAUCAUCAACUGCAGCCAGUGAAGAAUCUGAAAGGUCCAACCCAGUUUUGUGCCUCUCCUCCGAUGCCAACUCAGACAGCGACGGCGGCAUAUCCUCCUCCCAGGCGGCGACGCGCCUCCAGGAUCGCCUCCGGGCUGUGCGCUCCUUCAUCCUGUCCGACUCUGAACUGUACACUCAGAUCCUCCAGUACCAGCCUCUGGUCCUGUCUCAGCUCCAGGGACGACUCAAGGCGGCCGGGAUCCGCUUGGGUACCACCAAGCUGGUGGACUACUUGGACUCCCAGUGCAUCACCUUCACCACGGCCAAACCGGGCCAGUCCGCACCAGGCCGUAGGAGGGUAAAGAGGACAGGCAGGGGGGCUAAGGCAGCGGGUGAAAGCGGAGCGAGCAGGAACAGAGGCGUUCCAGCUGUAUUUUGAAAUUUUGACUGCAAGAAAGGUUUUAAAAGAAACCAUGAAAGGUCUAAUCUAGCCUUGACACUCGGAUUUCACUGCAUUCAGUUGUGUUUUAUUUAUUAAAGCAACAUUCCAGUAUGUCACAGCUUAAAAAUCAUUUUGUUUGACAGGUCAAUGGAGGCAUACAGUUCUACUUUUCUAAUCAAGGCUAUUAACUGAGGAGCCUAUCCGAUUACCUCCCACUGUGUCACUGUCAUCUUAGUCUGACUCGCUUUCUAUCUCGGGCUGUUUUCCUCUCACCAUCUGUUUGUCUGUCCGUCACGAAGGCCACGUACUUUCUCCCUUGUGCAGGUUUGGUGUUCGGAUUUUUACCAGGGCACCAGAUGAUUCUCAAUCAAUGCAAAAAGUACAAAGUAUUCUUCUAAAGGCUAUUGAUAUUUCAUCUGUUAUCAAUAACGGGCAUUCAAUCAAAGGAGUGUGUUUCUUCAGUCUAAAUGACUACCAACUCCUGCACAGCGGUCAUGUCACCAAACCUGCCU